UGUCAUUAUGGGCGCUCAACAUUUUGUAUAUACCCUAGAGCUCUCGCUCUCUUCCCCCUUCUUUGCUCUUGCGAGAUCCUUUCACGCCACAGUGCGCGCUGCUAGCAGUGCUACACCCUUCAACUUCCGUAAUGUCCUCUCAACCGCGGCCACCAAACUUUAUUAUCUUUGGUGAGAUGGGAGUCGGCAAGAGCUCGUUGGUAAAUCUCAUCGCUGGGAACCAACUUGCUACCUCCUCGUCCGGUGCACAAUCUUGCACACUCGAAUCAACCGAGUAUCCAGUCACAUUUUCGGAUCCCCGGCUUAAUGUAAAUCUAUAUGAUACAGUGGGCUUGGAUAGCCCCUCUAUGAACAGUGCGGGGUAUUUAGAUGCCCUUGUGAAGGCACAUGAGCUCAUCGUCUCGCUCAAGAACCGAGGGGGUGUACACGGCCUACUUUUCUGCAUCAAGGCUGGCAGAGUGUCGAACACUAUGCAGCAGAACUACAGAUUAUUCUUCGAGUUCCUGUGCCAGGAACAGGUGCCUCUUGCCCUAGUCAUUACCAAUCUUGAGAACGAGCCCACUGACAUGGACGACUGGUGGACGAUGAACAAGGCACAUAUCGAAAAAUCCGGCAUUGUCCCCGUUACACAUGUCUGCAUUACGACCAUCAAGGGCUACAAAAACGCAUACGAGGCCAGAUACUUCGAAUCCAGGACGAAGGUGCUCAAUAUGCUUAGGGAACUUAGUAAUAAUGAUGCAUAUUCGGUGGACGUGAGUAGUUGGUUUGCGCGGGUGUGUAAGAAGCUGCGGGAGUUUUUGGUUCCGGCCAAAGGGUUGGGGAGGAGUCGUCAGAAGAUGCUGCAGAUGCUCACGAAGCGUUGCAAGCUGCGCAAGGAAGAUGCGGUGCAACUUCUUCAAAGGAUUGACGCGGAUGAAGAGAGACUAGGGACUUGAUCAAAUUUAAUCAUAAAAAGACAGGCUAUCGAGGACGUAGUCAUCUAAAUCUACAUACCAGCACUUCAUAUUCAUACGAUAUUACUACAAUUGAUUCCAGUGUUGAUCACUUUA